AUGGCAUUGAACAUGGACCGACAGGGGAGAAACGGGGGUGGAUUCGGGUCCACUGGCUCAACUUCUGCAACAUCUUCCAUCAAGCGAAUUCAGCGCGAGCUGAAGGAGAUCAGUGAGUCGCCUUCGCGGCACUGGAUCGCUGGGCCAGCGAAAGAUGACCUGUUCGAGUGGCUGUUUGCUGUUCGUGGGCCCCCCUCAACCGACUUCGAAGGAGGCAUCUACACCGGCAAGAUCGUGUUGCCAGUGAACUACCCGCUGGCACCUCCAUCCAUUACCAUGCUUACACCAAGUGGCCGUUGGGAGGUCGGGAAAAAGAUCUGCUUGAGCAACACCAAUUAUCACGCAGAGCUCUGGCAGCCAGCUUGGGGGAUCCGGACCAUCAUGGAGGCCCUGCGCAGCCACUUCCCCGUGGCUGGAGACGGGGCGGUCGGCGCGCUUGACUGGCCAAGCCACCUUCGCAAGCGGCUGGCGAAGGAGUCCUUGGACUUUAUCACCUUGCCCGGGUCAGCUGGCCAGUGGGCACAGAAGAAUCGGGAGCUACUGCCGGAACUCUCGCCAGAGGAGUUGAAGGAGGAGCUUCCAGAAAGGCCCUCGGAGGUUGAACGCAGCGAGACCGCGGAUCCGGCACCGGAGACUGGGACCAGCACGACCGCGGAGACCAACACGCAGGCGCCGCUCAGCGGCUCGUUGCCAGAGGCUCCAGACGCUGUGCCAUCUCCACCUCCAGCACCAGCAGCAGGAGCACCGAAGGCGGCACCUCGCAGACGUCGUGAAGGAGAGCGACCACGACGGAGCCAGCAGAGCCUCGUCGUCCAGCUGCUGAAGCCUCCUGCAACAGGGCGAGGCUGGCUUCUAAUGUCCCUGAAUUUUCUCAUCGUCCUCGUGCUUGUUUCCUUCUGCAUCGUCUUGGCCGAUGUGAUCAGGCAACCUCCGAGUCUCCUGAAUCCAGCACCGGACCAGAAGGUCCAAAACCAGAAGCCCUGA